AUGGGCGGCUACGUGCCGCCUGGACCAAGAUUCGGAUGCCCCAAAGACGCGAUUUACAUUUAUCCCUGCACUUGUCUUCGGGGCAGUGACAGAGGUUUAUACAUCCGCUGUGAGAAUACGAAUCUGGCUAGUCUCAGUAUUGCCUUCACGAAUCUGGGAAACGAGGGCAUGCCGAUUGAGGAACUGGUUCUAUAUAAGUGUAACAUAGUACGAUUCUACGGGCCCGCUUUGUAUCCAUUGGAUGUGCGAGUACUCAAGUUUAUCGAUACGCCAUUGAGAUUGAUCGAAGAGCACAGUUUUCUUGGCGUGAACCGAACUCUUCAGGAACUUUAUGUAAUAAACAGCAAUCUGGAAAAAUUUCCUCGUGAAGCACUACAGAUCCUCGGCAAUCUCAGCCUAUUGAGCAUCACGGGGCACCGGAUAUCUGCCUUGCUGGGAAAUAGUUUUAGUGAAAGCUCGGCGGCUGCGAAGCUAGAAAAAUUGGAGAUUAGUAACGGUAAUCAGAAUCUCAUCGCGAGAUAUUGUACACUUUCUUCCUUACCUGUGGAAGCAUUAAUGCCACUCAAGAAACUUAAAACCCUUGAUCUUCAUGGCAACAAAAUAAAAGACUUGAAGAGGAAUCAAUUCAAAGGUCUAAGAGACACCGAGUUCUUGGAUAUCUCUCACAAUUUAAUCGACAAAUUAGAUCCGUCCCAUUUGGCCGAUCUUGUCAAAAUGGGAUGGUGCAACAUAUCGCAUAAUGCUAUCGCCGAUUUGAAAAGAGGAACCUUCGCCCGGAAUUCCGUCUUGAAAGUCUUAAAUUUGAGUCACAACAAAAUCAGGAAACUUGAUUCAAACACUUUCCGUGGCAUGCGUUUUCUUAGACGGUUAUAUCUGAGCGACAAUCAAAUCGACGACGUGGGUCGUGGAACUUUCGGUUCCAUUACCAGAAUCGGCACCGUCGAUCUUUCCCGGAACUUCAUCAAGAAAAUCGAUUUCCAAAUGUUCAAUCAGUUACAAUUUGCUGAGCUUAUAGAUGUUUCUGAGAAUUUUGUAACAAUCGUGGAGAAAUUGGCGUUCAAAGAUAUUUAUCUGGCGAAAGUGAAUCUGUCUCACAAUGAAAUUUCAAAGAUUGAAUCAGGCGCUUUCGAGAAUUGUGCGAAUAUUACAUUAUUGGAUCUCAGUCACAACAAGCUCGAGAAUAUCUCAAAGUAUUCUUUCGAUAGUGCGUCAUAUGCUAUGGAAUUGCAACUUAGUUAUAAUCUAUUUACAUCUCUAAAUCAGAUUCCAAUGCACAACAUGACGGGGUUGAAAAUCUUAAACGUUUCCCACAAUUUGAUACAUUCCGUUCCACGACAGACUUUUCCAAAGCUGUACGAGCUCCACACGAUCGACAUAUCGCACAACAAUCUAUCCGAUAUUCAUAACGCCGUAUUUCAGACGCUCUUCAGCUUGAGAUUCUUGAAUAUGUCAUAUAAUUCUCUAGAGAAAAUAAAACCAUCGACGUUCGGACCACUGCCGACGCUUCUAGAACUCGAUAUGAGUUACAAUCAAUUAAACGACAUUGCACGAGGUAGUCUCACUCGAUUAGCUAGUUGUAGGAGUUUAACGGUGAAAAAUAAUCGUUUGACAAAGAUUUUCCAAUUGCCAAUUUCUCUGGGUCAUUUGGACUUCUCGGAGAAUCUGUUGGAAGAGAUUCCGAGCACCGAUGUAUGGCCUACGAUGAAUGCAUUGCUCUCGCUAGAUCUUUCGCGGAAUCAGCUGGGCGAUAACUUGCAAGAGGGGAGCUUCGAAAACCUGCUGACCUUGAGAAUCUUAAACCUGCAAGCGAAUAACAUUACAAAGCCGCCUUGGCAAGCACUCGGUGGUCUGAGCAGUUUGCAGUAUCUUUAUCUGCAGAAUAAUUACUUGACGAAACUGGAAAAAGCCGCCUUCGGCCGUCUGCCGAUAGUAUUUGAGCUGAACUUGGCAAACAAUAAAAUAAAUAACAUAACGAGUCGGGCGUUCGAGGGCUUGUUGCAGUUGCUAACGUUGAACUUGACGAACAACAACAUUAGCUACAUACCGAACGGCGCGUUUCAAGGUCUAGUAUCUCUACGAACACUCGACUUAUCGCAUAAUAAAUUGGAAAAGCUGGAUAACAAGACGCAUGGACUGCUCGAUGAUUGCCUAUCUUUGGAGAGACUCAACCUUAGUCAUAACGAAAUAUCAUUUAUCACCCGGAAGACUUUUCCAAAUGAUCCCUGGAUUCCUUAUAGACUAAAGGAAGUCGAUUUAUCUUAUAAUACAAUGCCGGUCAUUACUUUCGAUUUCAUCGCCGGUGCUAAAAAGAUUCAGUAUUUGAAUCUUUCUCAUAACAAUAUUGAUGAGAUCAGAAGAUAUGUAAUCGGGAAUUUAACGGCUUUGCAGACGUUGGAUUUAUCGUAUAAUGACAUAAGUGAUAUCUCCGAUCAAGACAUCUUUCUUCCGCCAUUAAAUUUGACCAACUUGCAUCUGAGUAACAACCAUCUAAGCCAUGUGCCUCUCGACAAAAUUCUAUCGCUGCCGAAUCUAAAAGUUCUCAAUCUGGAAGAAAACGAGAUCGGUGUUUUCGAUGAGAAGUUCAUGAAGAUUAUUCAAAAUGGCACGGUGUUCAAAUACUCCGGUAAUCCUAUGCAUUGUGAUUGUCAUGUGCGGCCAUUGAAGAGAUGGCUAAAAUCUCAAACGCAAUUUCCAACGGAAUGGUCGAACGUGAUGUGUAAAAGUCCAAAUUAUCUCGCAAAUAAAUUUAUCUCGGAAGUAACCGAGGAUCUUACGAACUGCGGCGAGAGGGAUAUUCAAGAGGAGCCCGAACUCGACAUCACACCUGAUGUGAAAUAUCGAAGCAUUGAUUACAAUACCGAUGAUAAAAGUUGGAAAGCGACAUGGUACGUAACAUCGCGCGAAGAUAUCGGUGAUUUCUAUGUAGUAGUUCGGGAAUCCGGUAGCAGCAAAUCUAUGCUCGAAAAGGAUAUUGUCUACAGCGAAAGAUCCUUCAAAAUCAACGAUCUGAAGAGAUCAAACACCAAGUACGAGCUCUGCGUACUCGCGCGUGAUUCUGAAGGGAACGUCAAGCACUAUAGAAAUUCCCAGUGUCAGAUUUUGAAUCAGCACUCCAGCUCGACAGACAGUCUCAGGGCAAACUUGUACUUCGUGAUAGUCGCUGCUUCCUUUUGCACUCUUAUGAGAUUUCGUUAA